UUUCACCGCCAAGCAAAAGCAAAGCCAUACAAAAGAAAACAAAACAAAAACGAGACAACACAAAACAAGCCUCUGCCGCCAUGCCCGAGACCACGCAGGAGGCUCCGGCCAAAGACUCGCCCUUCUUCAUCAAGAACCUGCUCAACUGCGACAGCAAGCCGCCCAGCAAGCCCAAGCUACCGCCGCCGCUGCUGCUGCAUUCGUCGACGGCGCUGGCGGCCCAGCGGGCGGCCCUGGAGGCUGCCGGAGGCUUCUCCCUGUCGCAGAUGGCCGACUUCGGCUUCCCUCGAUUUGAGUUGCCGGCGCAGCGUUUCACUCUGCCCGCACACUACCUAGAGCGCACCUCGGCAUGGUGGUACCCCUACGCGCUCAACUCCUCCGCGCACAUCCACAGAAGUGAAGCCGCUGCAGAGAAGCUGCCAACCAGGAACUCGUCCCCGACAUCGGGCACGGACCGGGACUCUCCGGAGCUGCUGCUCAAGUCUGAACGUGAGACCAAAGACGACAACGACGACGACGACGACGACGAGCGCGCGGCCAGUAAAAGCGGCGACGAGAUCAUCCUGGAGGAAAGUGACUCGGACGAGGCUAAGAAGGACGAGCUGGACGACUGGAAGAAGCGCGACGACGACGGCGGUGGCGACAAGAAGCCGUGCCGCAAGAAGAAGACCCGCACCGUGUUCUCUCGCAGCCAAGUCUUCCAGCUGGAGUCCACUUUCGACAUGAAGCGCUACCUGAGCAGCUCGGAGCGCGCCGGCCUGGCCGCUUCGCUGCACCUGACCGAGACGCAGGUGAAGAUCUGGUUCCAAAACCGGCGCAACAAGUGGAAGCGGCAGCUGGCGGCCGAGCUGGAGGCGGCCAACCUGAGCCACGCCGCCGCGCAGAGGAUCGUGCGGGUGCCCAUCCUCUACCACGAGAACUCGGCGGCGGCGGCGGAGGGCGCGGCGGGCGCCGCCCCACCCGGCGUGCCCACCAGUCAGCCGCUGCUCACCUUCCCGCACCCGGGCGUCUACUACUCGCACCCCAUCGUCACCUCCGUGCCGCUCCUCAGACCCGUGUGAAAAAAAAAAAAAAAAAAACGAGGAUAAAAAACAAACAAAACAAAAACAAACUAUUUUUAUACUCGAUAAAGAAACACGCAAGAAAAACACUGAAAGGCCUGCAGGGACCUCUAAGGGUUUACAUGUGAUCCGACAAUUCAACCACAUUAUUAUUAUUAUUAUUAUUAUUAUUAUUAUUAUUAUUAUUAUUAUUAUUACCAUCAUCUCAGGAGUACCUGCUAACACUGCCUAAAGAGUGUCUAUUUUUUUAUUUCUUCAAUAUUUAGUUGUUGUUAAGAGUCCAAAAUAAGUCUUGUUCAUAAAACACUACAUUUUUUUUUUCAGUUUGUUCUCAUCAUGUGCAAUACAUCAUUCCAAACAAUAAUAUUUUGUACAUUUGACUUGAUUUGUUUCGACAAAGAGCUCGUGACGGGUGACAAUCAAGACACUCCCAACUGUACAUGCUGUGAUUGUUGAUUUGUGUCAUUAGGAUUAUAUAUAGUUUUUAAUUUUGAUGUAUAAAGUUGUAAAUGUAUAUAUUUAAUUAACAAUGAGACUGGCGACUUUUGUUUUGUUUCUUUGUACAGAAAAAACAUCGUUUCUUUUGAUAUUGUAUUGAUGAACCAC